GGCUGCUCCGGGCGGUGGCAGCCUCUGGCCCGGACCGAGAUCACCAUGGCCCUCCUGAUGCACCUGCUUGUCUGCACCUUCGGGAUGGGCUCCUGGGUGGCCAUCAACGGGAUCUGGGUGGAGCUGCCCCUGCUGGUGGCGGAGCUGCCCGAAGGCUGGUACCUGCCCUCCUACCUCACGGUGAUCAUCCAGCUGGCCAACAUCGGGCCCCUCCUCUUCACCCUGCUCCAUCACUUCCGGCCUGGCUACAUGUCCGAGGUGCCCGUCGUCUUCGCCGUGCUGGGUGUGGGCACCGUGGUCUGCACCCUCUUUGCCUUCCUCUGGAACGUCACCUCCUGGGUGCAGGGCAGCCACCACAGCAUCACCUUCAUGGUCCUCACCUUCUUCCUGGCCCUGGUGGACUGCACCUCCUCCGUCACCUUCCUGCCCUUCAUGAGCCAGCUGUCCACCCACUACCUCACCACCUACUUUGUGGGUGAGGGACUCAGCGGCCUCCUGCCUGCCCUGGUGGCUCUUGCCCAGGGCUCGGGUCUCACCACCUGCGUCAACGUCACCGAGACACCUCACAACACCUCAAGCCCCAGCACCGUGAGGAAGAUCGACAUCCCGCAGGGAAAUGGCAGCACUCCUGUGCCUGGCCUCACCGGGACAGCGCCCCCCGGGGCCCAUCUGGAAAGCCGCUACCUCCCUGCCCACUUCUCGCCCUUGGUCUUCUUCCUGCUGCUCUCCUUCAUGAUGGCCUGCUCCCUCCUCGCCUUCUUCCUCCUCCAGCGUCACCCCCGGCGCUGUAAGACCUCCACGGAAGACCUGCUCACCUCCCAGGUCACCCUCUACUCCAUCCGGCCACUGAAGGAGGGCCCGGGCCCCGCCGGCCCAGCGGACAGCAGGAGCCAGGAGCCUGCGGACGAGAAGGCGGCGCCCCGCUACCCAGCCCGCCUGCUCUUCAUCUACGGCCUGGUGGCCUUCGUGAACGCGCUCACCAACGGCGUGCUGCCCUCCGUGCAGACCUACUCCUGCCUGUCCUACGGGCCGGUGGCCUACCACCUGUCCGCCACCCUCAGCUCCAUGGCCAACCCGCUGGCCUGCUUCCUCUCCGUGUUCCUGCCUAACAGGUCUCUGCUCUUCCUGGGGGUCCUCACAGUACUUGGGACCGGCUUUGGGGCCUACAACAUGGCUAUGGCGGUGAUGAGCCCCUGCCCCCUCAUGCAGGGCCACUGGAUUGGAGAAGUCGCCAUCGUGGCCUCGUGGGUGCUUUUCAUUGGCUGUCUGAGCUAUGUCAAGGUGAUGCUGGGCGUGAUCCUGCGCGACCGUAGCCGCAGCGCCCUCUUGUGGUGUGGGGCGGCGGUGCAGCUGGGCUCGCUGCUCGGAGCUCUGCUCAUGUUCCCGCUGGUCAACGUGUGGCGGCUCUUCUCAUCCGCUGACUCCUGCAGCCUGCAGUGCCCCGCCUAGGCCAACCGAAAACUGGGAACCCAGGGAGUCAAGGCAAGGGCCCAAGGUCACUGGGAAAGUGUUGGGGGGCUCUCUGAGGCAGAGCCUGAGGACUUGAACCAUCAACACAAACUCCCCUCCUUAAGGUGGCUAAUUCCACAGGCCUCCCUCCCAGGGAGCCUGGAAAUGCAAAGCACAGCCCUCCCCCAGCUCUGAGUCACAGUGCUUGCAAUUCCACUCUUUCAGAGCGUCCUUCCCUCACGCUUGGGAGAGAACUGACUUGGAGCACCCAGCUGGAGGCAGGCUCAAGGGUGUUCGAAGGGCAACAGCUGAGAGUGAGCGGGCCUUACAAGCUGUGCGACCUUGGGGAAGUCACUUGAUUUUUUUGUGCCUGUUUCCUCAUCCAUAAAACGGGGAUUAUACUAAAUAGCACCUACCUCAUACACCUGACAGAGGGAUGAAAGGGAGACACCAGCGUGUGGCAAAAGUGCCUGGGCCACUUCCUGAUCUGAUACCCAACAGUCAUAAUAAGAGUGACAAUCAACACCACCUACAGUGGCCAGGGUUUGAGAGAUGACCCCUGCCCCAUAUCCUUUCCCCGCUGUCCUCAGAGGAGCUUCUAGAAGAUGCGGCUAAUGGUGGAAUCUCUGGCAUGUUGGCUCCCUGAUUCGCAGUAUGGAGGGACAUUGUAUCCCUCUCACCCCUUCCCAUCAUCCCUCCUGACCCAUGACCUCCUGAGAGGCAGAGAGAGAUGAUGGGGGAGGGGCUACACCAAGCCUCUGAAAGCGAGUGCCCCACCCCCAACUCAGCAAGGCUGGACCCUGGACAGCAAGGACCCUGUGAAGCAGGGCUGCCGCCUGGAGGGAGGAGGAGUGCAUUAGUUACCUGACUGUUGUUUUACCUGAUUGUUUUUUUUAUCUUACUUUGUGUGUUUUUUAAAAUAAAGACAUUCCCUGCUUUUA